UGGCGCUGGGCGACAGAGAAAAGUGAUGAGAGAAUAGAACAACAAGCGAUAGAACUAAAAAAACAGGGUGCAUUUAUUUACCCUGUGCGACUUUUUUUUAAUCAGAGCUCUAUUUGAUCAUCGGUACACAGUACAGCAACUGUCGAGGGACCGCACGGGUCUACAGAUAUAUAAUUAUUCCGCUAACUGUUUGCUAACUAGCUGCUAAAGUAGCUAGCGUAGCUAACGUUCGCAUAACUGCGGAAGAGAAGCUCGAAGUACAAACCGACGAGCUGUUUUAUUAUGAUCAGGCGACUCUCCGUUUGAUACAUUCACUGUCCUUGAUAGAGUUUGCAUCACAUUUAACCCAGGGGUCGGUCGGAAAACUAUUAUCAGAUCAGGAAAGCUGAAAAAGACGAGGAAAGGCGUCAUCUUUGCUGAUCUGACGCCAUGGCUCUCUCCACUCUUCAGAGUGGACUGACGGGGAUUCAGAAUUUCCAUGCUGACCCAGAGGAGUACUUCACCAAGAUGGACAGGAUAGGGAAAGGCUCUUUUGGGGAAGUUUUCAAAGGCAUCGACAGUCGGACUCAGAAAGUUGUGGCCAUUAAAAUUAUUGAUCUGGAAGAAGCAGAGGAUGAAAUAGAAGACAUACAACAGGAAAUCACCGUUCUCAGCCAGUGCGACAGUCCCUUUAUCACCAAGUAUUAUGGAUCCUACCUGAAGGGUACAAAACUAUGGAUUAUUAUGGAGUAUUUGGGUGGAGGAUCAGCCCUGGAUUUGUUGGAACCAGGAUCCCUGGAUGAAACGCAGAUUGCCACAAUUCUGAGAGAGAUCCUGAAAGGUCUGGAGUAUCUGCACUCUGAAAAGAAAAUCCACAGGGAUAUCAAAGCCGCCAACGUGUUGAUGUCAGAACAAGGCGAAGUGAAGCUGGCUGACUUCGGAGUGGCGGGCCAGCUGACCGAUACCCAGAUAAAACGAAACACAUUCGUUGGUACUCCUUUCUGGAUGGCACCUGAAGUCAUAAAGCAGUCGGCCUACGAUUCAAAGGCAGACAUCUGGUCUUUAGGAAUAACAGCAAUAGAGCUGGCUAAAGGAGAGCCGCCUCACUCUGAGCUGCACCCUAUGAAGGUCUUAUUCCUCAUCCCAAAGAACAACCCCCCAACACUGGAAGGAAACUACAGCAAACCACUGAAAGAAUUUAUUGAAGCCUGCCUAAAUAAGGAGCCUAGCUUUAGGCCAACCGCCAAAGAGCUGUUAAAACACAAGUAUAUUGUAAGGCAGGCCAAAAAGACGUCCUAUCUGACGGAGCUGAUUGACAGAUACAAGCGGUGGAAGUCAGAGCAGUCUCGGGAAGUGUCCAGCUCCGACGAGUCUGAUGAGGAGCCCAACGGCCAGGCUUCUGGAGGAGAUGACUCUGGCAGCGACGACUGGAUCUUCAACACCAUCAAGGAGAAAGACCUCAAAAAGUAUCAGAACGGAGCAGCACAGCAUGCUGAGCCGAAGGAGAAAGAGGUGCAGGAGAGUCCAAAGAAGCCUUUGUCACAAAGCUUAUCAUCGAUUUUCUUGCCAGUGUUUACGGAGUUGAAAGAAAAGAGCCAGAACCGUAAUGGCAAGCCGGAGGCAGCAGAGGAGCUGCGGGAGGCCAUUCUCCUGGCAGAGGAGAAGCACCCAGGCAUCUGUGACUCUCUCGUAGCUGAACUAGUGCAGAGACUUCAGAGGUAUUCUGUGCCCCAGUCAGCUGCCAGUCACUGAGAGGAGCUCCACCCGGCUCCGCUCUUAUUCCCCACCCUGGUGGCAGCAGUCAGAUCUUUCCCUCUGACCUCCUCAGCCUGGAUGAAGUCUCCCAGGAAGGUCUCCAUCACCCAUUUGCCUGAAGCAAAUCCUGGCCUACUUAAUGUCUGUUUAUAUGCUAGCACAUCACCAGAGGGUCCUAUUAAGGACAGUCAGUGGCCAGCCGCUCUGCUGCUUCCAUGACUGCCACCUGCUGUAAGAUGCCCCCUCUCAAUACCUCCUUCACAUUGUUGUUUGUUUUAAUGAUGGAGUCAGCUCUCUUUCUGCAAGGACUCUUGAGUUAUUGGUUUUGGUGAGUUUGUGGCUUUUUCACAAAAGGUUUACACUCGGCAUCCUUCUGGAGAGAGUACCUUGCUUGAUUAAUUGUGUGCAUGUGUGUGUGGCUGUGCGAGAUAUCCUGUGAAAUGUGUGGUGAAGAGUGACGAGUGGGGUGAAGCAUUCUAUUGAAAAACUCAGGUAUCCUGCUUUAAGUGGAUUGGUUCCUCUGGGAGACGGAAAGAGCUCUAGGGUGGUUGUACAGUCUUGUAAAUAAGCUAAUUUCUACAGAUUCAUGAAAAAAAUAAUGGAGUGUUUGUAAUGGAACCACUGUGUACAAAUGGCCAAAUGCAAACUGUAGAUAAUGGUUGUGAGGUAAAUAUUUUGAGAGACUAAAAUGGCCAUACAUGAGAUUGCCUUGCCUUUCUACUUGUUCUUUUGUAUAUCAGUCUUUGAUUUCUCCAGCUGUAAAACUUUUGAAAUGACUCAUCCAGUGAAUGAAAAUGUCUGCCCUCUAUCAUGUUUUACUUUUGAUUUAUUCUAUAUUUCCUAAUUCUCUUUUAACUUUUUUGGUUUCACACUCGAUGCUGUGGAUUUAAUAUUGUUGGAGAAUGUAAAAAAACAAAAAGGCUGGAUCCAUGAAGCCCCCGCCAGUUUUGAACACUGGAUGCUCUGUUGCCAGCGCCGACUCCACAAGGCGUCGAGUCGUGUUGGUUUGUUGGACUUUGCCUCAUCCCUUCUUUUUUUUGCUGUGUGUUUCGACUGGUUAGACCGACUGAGGUUUCGUCCAUUCAUUCCAUUAACAGGGCAAUGUCAUCAUCAAGUUUAUGAAAGCGCAGACUCUGUUAGUCUUCCUAGGAGCUGCCCUGGUACUAUCUAUCUCCUCAGCGUACCUACAGCUUUAAUUGCACUUCAAGUAUAAAUGCCUUUUUGACUAUAAACAAAGUAGCCAUAAAACAGUAGCACGAGACUUAAAAGUAUUUUGCAGGUAUGCUGUCCGGGACUAAAAAAAAGUCCACCUGAAGUCUCACUUCUUGGACUCAUGCAGUGUAAGAUUUGCCUGGCUCUAUCUUUCCAUUUGGACUCCUGAGAGGUUGUUCAGUUGUACAGUAAAUGCAUAGACAAAGACUUCUCACAUAGUAGAUAACACUGCUGUCCGAUGUACAUAUUAACAUAAAGCCACGCGGUGUUCAGAGACCAGCGGCACUGCGUCUACUUGUGACUGUAGUUUUAAAGGAAUGUGCAUGAUGGUAUAACAGUAAAAAGCCUAGUGGUUGGCCCCAGCAGUAUGCGUUGUAGCACACUGCUGCGGGACUGCAGGAAUGUUGAGUCCUCCCGAACAGAGUCGAAUCAGCCUUAGAGUAUUUGUGAUGAAUGGAAUGAAUAGUAUCAGCUUUAAAAUGUUAGAUCCGAUGCUUUUGUUGUUUUUCUUUGUCCCCUCCUGCGCAUGCAUUGAAAUGCACAUGCAGCAAUGCUUUUAAAUGAUAAAAGAUCAAAAAUAAUUUAUUGAAUUCCUUGCCAGUAUGAUGCAUGCAUGAACACGUUUUUUUCAUCUUCUCAGACUAGAGGAAUUUUCAAAAUUCUUAUGAAGUCAGUCAGAUGAUGUAUAUUUUUUUUUCUAUGGGCAAUACACGGUACAACAUGAGACAGGGCAAGUUAAAGAGAGAUUUCAACAGUACGGGAAUACAAUUGUUUGUUAAAUAUAUGGCUAUGUCAGGUAGCUUAGCACAAAGGCUGGAAACAGGGUGGGACAGUUAGCCUAGCUCUGUCCAGAAGAAACGCAUCGAGCACCUUUUUAAAGCUCAUUGAUCAACAUGUUAUAGGUUUGUGUGUUUUAUUCGUAAAAACCUGAAAGGAUAGUGCGGUAAUUUAAAAGAGGUUUUGUACUGGACUGUUUCUUGGCUUGGACCAGUAACUUCCUAGAGUCUCAACAAAACUGCAGAUGUGUUGCUAUGCUAGCUGUAGCUUUAUAUUUCCUUUAACCCUCCACCAGUAGGCAAAUGAGAGUAUUUCCCAUAAUGUCAAAUUAUUCUUUUGAUUCUCUUAUGUUAAUGUUUAAAGGAAAAGUAAAAUCAAGAAAAAAUACCAGACUCAAUGAUUUCCAUUUUCACUCUUUUUUUUUCCUUUUGUUUUUGACUCUUCUGUGAAGGAAAAUCUCAACUCUCCAUUCAAACUUCUCAUGUGAAAUUUGCCAUGUGAGCCCUCCAUCCAAAACAGACGCAUUCAAUACAAUUUGCACCUUUUACAUUGUCUUUUAUGACUCUUUAUCUCAAAUGUGUGGCACUUUGCAGAUUUAUUUUUGUUUUUUAAAAAUGGUACUUUAAAAAGCUACAAUAUUAUGUCGCAAUUACACUCGAUUUAUUUCCUUUCCCCUCCCUGGUAUGUUGAUGUAUGGCAAUAAAGCAGUGUGAACGCCAGGAGUAAUUUCUUAGCACAAGUAGGCAUAUAUUCUAUUAAACUAUUUUUGUAACCCAAAAGAGCGGUAUUAUGUAAUAGAGGGAGUCAAUUUUGGUUCUGUGAUGUGUUAAAGUUUCAGUAAACACUGGAUAGCACUCACUUAAAAUGUGCAUUUCAUUUUGUGUGACUUUGCUGACAGUUUAUAGUCCAGUAUACAUGUUUGCUAAUUCAGGGCAGUGCUGUUGGGUCUAUUGAAAGUUGUCAAAUGAUUAAGGAUAAAAAUAAAAAUCAAGUACAAAUUUCAUA